AUGGAACCGUUUUAUCUUGCCGGAGCCGCAGACAGACAUGCGCGCGUCACCAGCCGUCGCGCCUACCUUGAUUUCCCCGUCCGACGUUCGAUGUCCGUCGACACUCCGACGCGCACGUCCACCCAUCACCAUGACAACCACAGCCUCGGUGGGGACAGCUACAGCGACGAAGACGAUGAGCGAUAUCUCAGUCCCUUGCCUUGUCAAGAGGGCUGUCGCGCUCUCUACUCGAAGCUCAUGUCUCCCAUGAUCAGCUCCGUCGCGAUCGAUAGAUCGGUUUCUCUUACUCGGGAGGGUGAAGGUGCCAGCAACCAGGCUGAAGCAGACGAAGAUCACCUUAAAACCGGAAAUCAUAGUCUACCUGGCACUGAUGCAGUGAAAAAAGCGCAAGUUGAUCCAAAGCAGGCUGCUUACGCUGCACGGAAAAGUGUUAGAGAACUCUACGGAAAGCCCUGUUGGUGGGGUGAUGACGAUGAUUCUCAGGAAGACAAAGCGCCAUCCAAGCCUACUUCUGCACAGCCGUCCGGUGAAGUGUCCACCAGUAAAACGCCAACCUCCCCUGGGCCGCAGGGUAAGCUAGAGAUCCACUUUUUCGCUAAAUACUCGCCUCUCACACGGUACUUAUCUAUUUUCGCUGAUCCACAAUUCUCAUUUACAGCCACUCCAAGACGGCAAGCAGAGGCUUUUACAAUAGACCUUGCUGACACAGCCAAUCGAAGCCCCGUAGGUGGUGCUUGCGUUCCCAACAGACUGCGCCGAGCUAUUCAGGAUCGGGAGCAGACGCUCAGGCAGAUGUCAAGCCCAACAAGCAGACCACCUGCCUCAACUGCUGCUAAAAAGACUACAUUAAAGACGACGUCUGGGCAGGCUUCGACACCCAGACAGUCGACCACUCGUCCCAAACCCAGGUCGCAGGUGGGCGCAGCGGCGGGGGACGGAGUUGGCCAGAAGACGACCCCCUUUUCCCCGCGUUCAAAAACAGCAGUCCAGUUGCCUUCGGACACGUCGCCCAAAAGUGUCGCGAGAAAGUCGACGCCGAAUGCCGCCGCGGCUAAAGGCACAAAACCACCUGCACUGCAGGCUUCACACCGGACAGAGAACCAAAAACCUCCGCCUCCAAGAAAUUUCCCCAAUCCGCUUGCCCAAAGGAAUCGCAUCCCACUCCGCCAGUCCUCCACACCCCUAUCCUCGGCCAGGACGUCCGCGAGCAACCGCAGGCCCGUCGAAAGGGGGGGAUGUCGAGGUGCUCGACAGCCCACCACCACCGCCACCAAGACCCAGCGCUCCACGACUUCUGGCGCAUUCCAAGCCUCCGCUGGUUCGCCAACAUCGCCAUCCGGUGCAAAACAAUCGUCGCACGCGACUCCUCGAAGCGCCGCACACCCCCCAGGUCCGCGUAACAAGGCCUACUUGAAACGCGAAACGACACCUCUGUCGAACGACGCAGUCUCCAAAGGAAGCCCAGGCAGCCCGUUUGAGCGUCGAAUCACCUCGUCAGUGCGAACUGAAAGUCGUCGGGUCGGCGUCGGGGCUGGACGCCAAUUGACUCCCGUCCGGUCGACACUCUCUGAGGAGAAACGCGCUCCUGCCUCUUCACUCAGGCCCCGGCAUGUUGUCUUGAACCAUGCCGGGGCCAAUGCGAUUAUCUACGCCGAAUACGUUACCCUGCGUUCCCGCGAAAAUAUAGAAGACCGGAGUGGGGAGGACACAACCGUUUACUAG